AUGGCAUCGAAUUCUAUUCAACAAUAGAAGGAAUUGAAAAUUUUCAAUAAUUAGUUUGUUGUCCUAAAGAAAUUAAGUUCUGGAUCAUUCGGAGUUGUAUUUUAAGGAGAAGACAAAAAAACAGGUGAAUAAAUUGCAUUGAAGAUUGAGAAAGAAGAGAGCGACGAAGCUAAGUCUUUAGAUAGAGAAUCAUAAAUUUUAUAGCGGUUGUAAGGUAUAAAAGGAAUUCCAAAAUUGCAUUGGUCUGGUUCAGAAGGACCUUAUAAUAUUAUGGUCAUUUAAUUGUUGGGAAGAGAUUUGGCUUAUUACGCAAAGCAUCUAAAACGAUUUCAAUUGAAAACACUGAUAAUGUUAGCUGAGUAGAUGAUAACAAUUUUGGAGCAAUGUCAUUUAAAAUCAAUUGUUCAUAGAGACAUGAAACCAGAGAAUGUACUCGUCGGGCGUGAUCAUAAUGAAAUAUUUUUAGUUGAUUUUGGAAUUUCAAAGGUUUUUAAGGAUGCUAAUGGAAAUCAUGUACCCUUCAGGGAUGGAAAACCCUUUAUAGGAACAACGCGAUAUGCUUCGAUUGGUGCUCAUAAGGGUUUUGAAUUAGGAAGGGGAGAUGAUUUAGAAUCUUUGGGAUAUAUGCUGGUAUUUUUAUAUAAAGGUUCGUUACCUUGGUAAAAUUUAUAAAAUGUAAGUGAUAAAGAGAAAACUAAAGUAGUUGGAAAAAUGAAGAUGUAAAUCCUAAUUGAAGAGUUGUGUAAAGACAUGCCUAAUGAAUUUUCAAAGUACUUUGAAUAUGUUAAAAAAUUGCAAUUUAAAUAAACACCUGACUAUGAAUAUUUAAAAUAAUUGAUGCGGAAAUGCGCAAGUGAUAACAAAAUUGAAUUAGAUUAUAAAUAUGAAUGGGCAUUAUUGGAACGAAAGUCAUCUGAUUAAUCCCAACACAACUCAUAGAGAAAUAUUAAAAAGGAUUCAUCUCACAAUGAUCCAAAUAAAAAAUAAACCAAAAAUAAUAUCAGUACAUAAAGUAAGUUGAAACCAGAAAUUGAUAGUGAGAAAGUAUCAAAAUCGAAAAGUCCUGCUAAGAACACUAAAAGAUAAUCACUGAUUCCAGAAAUGCAAUCAUAAAAUUAAUCAUAAUCAAGUCAAUUUGACUUUCUUCGACCUCCCGAUCCUUAUGCUAAGGCUAGAGCCAUUAUAUAGAGAAGUCAGGAGAGACACAAAUCUGUAUCAUCAUUAGCACCAUCAUAAUAUAGCUAAGUGAAUACAGUCCAAUCUAGCAUUGCAGGAAACUAUUAAGCUAGUCACAUAGAUAUGUUUGCAACUGACAGUCAAUAAUAAUAAUAAUAAGAGACAACAGAGAAGAAGUAGGAUAUGAUUCAAGCAUAGAAUUUUGGUUUUUAACCUUUGGAGAGUAAUGAUACGAUUGCAAUGCUAAUAGGGGAGGAUGAAGAAGGUCCUUGUUUCCAAUACUAGGAACUGCUAGAAAAACAAGUUUAAGCGCAAUUUAAAGAAAUCCUAAGAAAUGGGAAUAAAAAUAGGCGAAACAGGUGA